AUGGCGGUGCGGGGGUGGCGGCGGGCGGCGGCGGUUGCUGCGGUGCGGCCCGGCGGGGGCGGCCCAGGACGGGCUCUGGGGUCGGCUCCGGAAUCGGAACCGGCCCCGGAACCGGCCGCCCCCGCCACAGCCGCACUCUACGUGCACUGGCCCUAUUGCCGCAAGCGGUGCUCCUACUGCAACUUCAACAAGUACGUGGUGCCGGCGGUGGACGAGGCGGCCAUGGGCGCCUGCCUGGUGCGAGAGACCCGCACCCUGCUCCGCCUCAGCCGGGUGCAGAGCAUCACCUCUGUCUUCUUCGGCGGGGGCACCCCCAGUCUGGCCAGCCCCCAUACCGUGGAGGCUUUGCUGGAAGCCGUGGCAGGGGCUGCUCACCUCCCCACCAGUGCCGAGGUCACGCUGGAAGCCAACCCCAGCUCCGCGGGUACCUCACACCUCGCUGGCUUCAAGGCUGCUGGCGUCAACCGCCUCUCCAUCGGUGUCCAGUCUCUGGACGAUGCUGAGCUGCGGCUGCUGGGCCGGGAGCACACUGCGGCGGAGGCACGGGGAGCUGUGGAGGCUGCACGGGGGCUCUUCCCUGGCCGAACCUCCAUCGACCUCCUUUUCGGGCUGCCGGGGCAGAGCUGUGGUGCCUGGGCCAAGGGGUUGGAGGCAGCGCUGGGGUUCUGCGACGAUCACAUCUCCCUGUACCAGCUGACGCUGGAGCGGGGCACAGCACUGGCAGCACAGGUCUGGGGGGGAGCCCUACCCAGCCCCCCCCAGGACCUCCUGGCUGACAUGUACCAGACUGCCCGCACCAUGCUGGUGGCUGCUGGCUUCCGACACUACGAGGUCUCCAAUUUUGCAAGGAAGGGCGCCCUCAGCACCCACAACCUCUCCUACUGGCGGGCUGAGCAGUACAUUGGUGUGGGGCCAGGGGCACAUGGGAGGUUUGUGCCAUGGGGUGAGGGUGGUCGGAGCCGGGAAGCCCGUGUCCAGACACUGGAGCCUGAUGCCUGGAUGCAGGAGGUGCAGAGCCAGGGCCAUGGCACCAGGAGGCGAGUGGUGCUGAGCCCUCUGGAGCAGAUGGAGGAGGUGCUCGCCCUGGGGCUACGCAUGGAUGAGGGCAUCACAACUGAGCGUUGGGGGCACUUCUCCCCCCACCUCAGCCUGCAGAACGUGUUUGGGGGGCCAGGGGAGGCAAAGGAGCUGCAGCAGCAGGGCUGGCUGGUCCUGGAUGGCAGGGGCUUGCGGUGCUCCAGGGAGGGUCUGGCCCUGCUGGACUCACUGCUGCCUGGCUUGCUCUGCCAGCUGCAGCAGUGCUGGGCCCUGCCAGCACCCAGAGCUGCACCCAGCCACAAGGUCCCAAGGAGGAGCCCAGCAGGGGACAGGGAUGGUGGUGAGGCCAUGGGGCACAGCAGGGUCCUGGAGGCUGUCACUGGUGGGGAAUAAAGAGAACUGUGCCCAGGGUGAGGGGCUGCCCAGUGCAGGGGGUGCCCCCCAAGCACUGCGGGCCCAGUGAGGCCACUGCCACACUGCACAGGACUCUCUGGCAGCCCCAGGAGCAGAAACAUGCAUCCUUUCCUCACACUGCUGUAUUUGUGUUGGCAAAAAACCAAGCCCAGCUGGGACAAAAAGGCUCUCUGUUUUAUUAGAAAGCGCCAU